CACCAUAACUUCUAUAUUUUAGAUGGCAACGAUAGCGACUGCGAUGAUCAAAUGGACACCUCGUACAUGGAACCCCAAUUGAUGUUGGAUGAGUACGAUGAGCCGGUCGAAUUCAAAUUCGAUCCCAAUGCCACCAGCUCACCAUCACAACAGAAUACACCCAAUGUUUUAGCCGCGCAAGCGCAACAACAACACGUAGAACGUCAACUAUUACUCGCGCAACAAAAGAAACAACAAUUGAUCGAAGCUGCUGCCGCUACAGCUGCUGCCAUGAAAUUAUCAGGCGAGGCAGGCGCUAGUGGCAUGCCGAGUACCGUGACGCUGCUCAAUUCAAUGGUUAGCAUACCGAAACUGACACCCAUUGGCAAAGUGUCUAAGGUGAAAGUGAAUAAGCGUACCAAAUUGAAGCAGAAUGGCGUUAGCGGAGUCGGUGGCAAUAUUACUGGCAACCUUACUACUACCGGCAACGAUUCCAAGAAUCUCUCGUGCGAUUACAUGGAUAUGUUCAAUUCCAACUAUAUUGGCAACAAUCCGAGUGCAGCUGCCGUAGCUGCCGCACAAUUAAGUAAACUGAAAGGCGCUCUAAGCGGCAGUACAACCAUCAGCUCCAGCGCCGCUGGUUCACCUCCGGCUAAAACCAAAUUGAAUACAUCGGGUAGCGCUUUGCCCGAAGGCGAAGCGGAAGGUUCCGUCCGCGACUAUUGUACCAAAGAGGGUGAGCAUACCUACCGCUGUAAGGUAUGCUCGCGCGUCUAUACACACAUCAGCAAUUUUUGCCGCCACUAUGUGACAUCACAUAAGCGCAAUGUCAAAGUGUAUCCCUGUCCCUUCUGUUACAAAGAGUUUACGCGCAAGGAUAAUAUGACGGCGCACGUAAAAAUCAUACAUAAAAUUGAAAAUCCCUCAACAGCGUUGGCAGCAGCCGCGGCAGGUGGUGUGACCACAUCACCAGCACCACAAUCGGCGGCGGUGUCGACAGCAUCUACACCGACGCCACCCGAUUUAGCGCCACAAAGCUCAAAUCAUUCGGCGACUGGUGUGUCAACAACAGUAGCAUCGGCGGCAUCUUCCACCUCGUCCUCGUCGACGUCAUCGACAACAUCGCUGGCAUUGGGUGCGGGUCGUUUACCCGAAGCGACGGCGGCGGCGCAAUAAGCCUAUGCCUUAAGCACAUUAGAGACUACUAAAUUAUAAUUACAUAAAAAAAGAUUUAAAAAAAAAGAAACAGUUAGAUGUUUAGCAACAACAAUCUUGGGUGAUUGGGUACACAUACAUAAAUACAUACGUAUAAAUAUGUAUAUUUCCAUUUGUUUAUUGCAAGGCAAGGUGUUAUGUAAGUCCAGAAAGAGCAGAGUAUUGGUAGGGAGUAGUGCGUCUAGUUUACAUUCACACAUACACAUGUGCACCCCCACACAUACACACACGUACGCGCAUACACCCUACUAAACACAAAAAAAAACCCUUUCAUUAAAACGUAGUAAAGUUAUAGGAAUUUAAACACUAUACACUUUGAGGUUUGUCAAGGACAAAAAAUGCAGGAAAAAGGCUUCCAAAAUGCGCAAAAAGGUUUAAAGCAAAAUGCUUUUUGUGCGCGUUUAUUUUCGUUUUUUUGUUUUUUUU